AUGCAGACCCGCACGAUUCUCGGCGUCGGCGCCAUUCUCGGCGUUGGUGCAUUGGCUGUGACCCAACUGUCCAUCCAAUCCCAGGACCGCCAGUACAAGAGAACUCUCCAGUACAUGCACGAUGGCAGGGAGAAGAUCCAGGAGCGCAUGAAUCAGAUGGCGAAUACCGUGACAGGGAAGAAGUAG